ACAGAACAGAAAUAACAUGAAAUACUCGCGCGAGUUGGAAACGGCUGCGCCUUGGCCCGCUAAGGAAGAGGCGGCGAAAACAAAAGUGAAAAGCCAUUUCGACAUUCUCGCAGACGCAACUGAACGAAUCGGACGGGCGAAGAAAGGCACUCGCGCAGAUACAGAUACAGAUACUUUUAAUAAUUCAGAUUUUUCCGCUGCGCGAUAUUGUAUUUAUUGUAUUUACCCUGCUCUGUGUCCGGUUAUGUAAGGGGUGUGUGCGAGAGCUCGGUGGGUGUACCGCGACCAAGCUUAGUUGGCGAGUGACCGUGAUGCAAGUGGGGGCUUGAGAAAGUCAAGGUCGCCACCGCUCCACGCCCGUUUCCCCGGCUAGCAGCGUUACUGCAGCGGGGCCAUGUAGGCGCGUCGGCCGAAACAGAAGCAGAAGUGGAAAUCCAAUUGUCGAAUUGAGCAGCGAAGCAAAUCGGAAAUGGAAAGGCAAAUUGAGGACUGGGGGGCAACCUGCCCCAAGGAGGCUAACGCCACGGUGGACGUUGGGUGGCAGGCAACCCUCUUGGAUCUUUACUUAGACCUCUACCCCGGCUACCUGCACUAUGUCGAGCUCUUCGCAACCGGGGCCAGCAGAGCCCAUAUGGUGGGCCGGCAUUUUGUGGCCACUCUCGCGCAAGACCAAGUCUUCGUGGGUGUGCUCCAGGGCAGUCUGCUGCUGCUCUUCCUGUUCCUGAUGCACCAGCUCCGACUGUGGAGCUGGGGUAGCGAGCCACAGACCUCUCCCAGUGCCACCUCCGACGUGGCCAAGGAGCUGAGCUGCGAUUUCAACUUUGUCUCCGAGCAGGAGAAGCGCGCGGCUCAGGACGCAGCCACAGAAGCACUGCUGGAAGUGGAGGAGAAGAAGCGCCGCAAGCGGUUUACCAAGAAGCGUAACUGUGUCUCUGCCGGGCCCAUCCUCAUUGCUCUGCGCCAGCAGUCCAGGAGGCCCAAGCACUGUCGCCAAGCUGCCUUGCUCUUUGAGCCCGUGACCCCCGGGGAAGUCAUAUUGGACACUUACUUGCCGCCCCGGGAGCAACCCCUGACUAUUAAGCUGCCCCAGCUGUUAUCCGAACCCGUCAAGGAGGAGGAGACUGAACAACUUGAGUUUAUAUCGGAGCCCCGUGGAACGCUGAGCACGACGGACGAAGUCUACCCGGAUUCAUCCGACAGCAGUCUCUACGUAUCGGACGAGGAGCAGGAGGACGCCUCUCAGUAUUGCCGGGGCGGCUACCAUCCAGUGGUCAUAGGAGACAUAUUCGACAAUCGGUUUCGCGUGGUGCGCAAACUUGGAUGGGGUCACUUCUCCACUGUCUGGCUGUGUCGCGACCUCAAAGACGAAAAGUACGUCGCCCUGAAGGUGGUGAAGAGUGCCCCGCACUACAUUGAGACGGCUGCGGAUGAGAUCCGGCUGCUGGAGGCGAUCCGCGACGCGGACCCGCUAGACGUUAAGCGGGAGCGAAUCGUGCGGCUGAUGAACCACUUCACGGUACGCGGCGUGAACGGGAUGCACACGUGCUUGGUUUUCGAGGCCCUGGGUUGCAGUCUUUACAAGCUUAUCGUAAAGAACAACUAUCAGGGUCUGGCUAUCGCCCAGGUGCGCAACAUUAUCCGGCAGGUGCUGGAAGGACUGGACUAUCUGCACGGCAAGUGCAGCAUCAUCCACACGGAUAUCAAGCCGGAAAACAUCCUGCUUGUGAUCGACAAUGCCGCCGCGAUGAAUCAGCAGAUUGACGACGAGAUCAAUAGUCUGCGGGUGAAGGGAGCUGACUUCCCCGACUCGUAUAUCAGCUCCAUUGAGAAGCAAACGAAGUCGCGGGCCAAGUGGCCCCUGAUCGAACCGAAUGGAUCGACCAACACGAGCAACAGCACAGCGAACAACUCAACUUCGUCAACGCCACUGGCCGCCUUAAUCAUUACUUCGCUGGACAAGGAGGACACCAUCACCACCUCCUCCACGCUCAACUCGAACACCACCUCCUCGCUGGCCUCUAAGUACUCGAGCUUGCUGGGCGACAGCGAGUGCAACGGUGGCCUCAGUGGAGGGGGCGGAGGCGGGUUCGUUAGCGGCGUUGACAGUCCCGUCCUCGGUGGACCCGCUAACCUGAACAAUCGCUACCGAGCCGAGAAGAAAAUCACUGCCAAGCAGUCUUCCAACGAACUAGAGGACGACGCCGGGUCCGAUACGCAGUGGGAGCAGAGCACUCUGGCCAGCGACACGCCCACCGAUCCCGAGCCUGAGGCCAGUCCCAGCGCGCUCCCGGAGAAGCUGCCCACCCCCAACAACUCCUGCCCCGCGAUCACAACGAACACCAACACUUUCUCCAACUCAAAUACUCCGAGCACGUGCACGACCUUGCCCAACGACCACACCAGCAACUUCACCAACACGAGCACCAACAGCGCGACAACGUCCACUUCCGCCCUUCCAAGCGGAACUCCUGCCUCCACAUCCACAUCCGCCUCCGCCUUUGCAUCUGCCACGCCCCCUAGCACACGCACCUACUCGUUCACGCAUCUAGCGUCAACAACAACAGCUCCAGCUACCACUACAACGACAGCCGCAAGCACUGAGUUGUAUAAUGGCGAUCAUACAACAACUAGCACAUCAACAACAACAGCCACCAAUGCGAUCUCCACCGCGCCAACAACAAUUACAACAACAACAACCACAUCAGCAAGCGCAACUGCUAAACUAAAUGUCCAUGCCAAUACCAUUCCUUCGCAGAACCAGAGUCAGAGUAGCCAGACAAAUACCUAUACGAUACAAUCGCUCAUCAACAACAGCAACGUCCGGGUGAAGAUCGCCGACCUGGGCAACGCCUGCUACGACUACCAUCACUUCACCGAGGACAUUCAGACCCGCCAGUACCGCUCGAUCGAGGUCUUGCUGGGAGCGCCGUACAACUAUACCGCCGACAUCUGGAGCACCGCCUGUUUGGCCUUCGAGCUGGCCACGGGUGACUAUCUGUUCGACCCGCACGCUGGCGAAUCGUACAGCCGGGACGAAGAUCACUUGGCGCAUAUUGUCGAGCUGCUGGGCUCCAUACCGCAGUCAGUGAUCCUGCGGGGCAAGCACGGACUCAAGUACUUCACCAGCUAUGGCAGCCUGAGAAACAUCACCAAGCUGAAACCUUGGAGCCUAAUGAACGUGCUGGUGGAGAAGUACGACUGGGAUCCGGUGGAGGCCAAAAAGUUCUCGGAUUUUCUUCUGCCAAUGCUUGAAUAUAAUCCAGUCAUACGCGCCUCGGCGGCAGAGUGCCUGCAGCAUCCCUGGUUGGAGCAGGAAGAGUUCGUCUAGGAGGGACAAGGGGACGCAGCGAUGCUAGAGAGGCAACACUCUUAAAUAAUCUAGGCUUAACUUUUAUAUGCGAACCAGUUUGUCAUAAAGAGAUACAAUAUAUAUAUACAUAUAUAUAUGGGCGUUCAUAAGAAGAACGGAGAAAAGAAUCUUAGCACUAAAGGACUCGAUAGAUACACAUACCCUAUAAACAUACAAUAUGUGGCGGGAGCGUUAAGCGAGGAAUUUUUUAAGCUUUUUAAUUUAAAAACACGAUUUUUGUACUUGAGAGCUUUAAAAUGUAAUUGCUGAAGAGCAAUUUUAUUUUUAACGGUAAAACACAGGCGGGAAGUUACGAAAAAAUAAAAUGUUUUUCAAGUUUUAUUUGGACUACGUGCACAUAAGUUAAUACGAACAAACAUACAUGUAUAUUUUAUGAUAUGAGAAACAAGUGAACAAAAACAAAAGACAAUGACGACAAUUUUGAAGUCAACAGAUGCCUAAACUGACUGACUGAAAAGAAUAACAUUUUCGAGCGAAACCAAUUAAUUCAAAUCCAAACGAAUGAAACGGGCUAAUAAGUAAAUGUAACUAGCAACAUAUUCAGCUGCACAUAAUUAAAGAUAUCUUCUAUAGAUCGAAUAAAAUGAUAUGUGUAUAAUUAACGAAAACCUAUUUGUAGAUAUUGAGAAUUUUCCACACAGAUACAAAUCAGAAGCAAAUACAGAUGGAAAUUCAAAUACCGACAGCUUUCUAGCAGCGUGUAGUGAUUAUGGUACAUUUAACCAAAACAAUUAUUGUAGACCCCUAAGGUUAUGUUGGACGCGAGCAGAUUAUACAAAUACAAAUGUUAUCUUUCUGUUU